UGGACCUGCUUUUCUACUGAACUCACAAGUUCAUUACCUCACUAUCACUUUGUCUAAACAGGAACGAUGAUCACACUCUUUGUCGCGCUUUACUCUCUUUUUUCUCUCUGCACAGCUGUAAAAACUUCUGACAUCAAGGAGCUUCAUGUGAAAACAGUAAAGCGUGGAGAAAAUGUAACUAUGGAGUGUAGCAUGAGCAAGGUCAAAAACAAAUAUAAUUUAGCUUGGUACAGACAGAGUUUUGGUAAAUUGCCUCAGUAUUUUGUAAGACAUUACAGCUCUAAUAGUGGCUACACAUUUGUUGAUGAAUUUGAAGAUAGCCGCUUCAGUAUGACUGUAAAUGACCAGAAGUUUGAUCUCAACAUUAUCGGAACGAGAGAAGAUGAUGGAGGAGAAUAUUUAUGUGGAGAAGUGGAGGGAACUGUACUAAAGUUCACAUCUGGAACACGUCUGCAAUUUGAAGGUGAAGAGAUGAAACACUGUCCUACACCUGGAACGGUUAACAACAACACAGAUUCUGUUACAGGGUCCAAUGAGGGUUCAAAGAGCAGUGAUGGAAAAGGAGGCGACAUUUGGAUUAUUGUCUUAUUGUCUCUGUUAUUUGUAUCUCUCAUUGUAAACGUGUUUCUGCUUGGAGUUUUAUAUAAAAAUCAGAGAAAAGGUGCUUCAUCAAGAAACCAUCAAACUCCCACCAAUCAGGCUGAUGAUGAAGAUGUCUUGAACUAUGCAGCUGUGAGUUUUGCUAAGAAACCUUCAUCCUCCAGAACAUCCAGAGACAAGAGCCAUGAAGACGUUUAUGCACAAGUUAAAAUAAAAUAGAUAAAGACAAAUGACUUCAGACUUGAAACACAACCAAAAUGUAAGUUUUUUUAUGUUUCCAUGGUGACUCCUAACAUCGUUCAUCUACUGAUUUGCUUCACUUGAUGGAUGUAGCUUUAAAAAAUAUUUCUGAUGAAAAUCCUACAUCCUGCUGUUUUUUUUCUUUCUUGAAUGAAAGUCUUAUAUUUGGGAUUUUUUCUCAGCAUUUUCUCUUGCACAUGAUUUCUAGAAUGUAAAAGAACAUUUUGUUUGAUUCUGAAGGUUAAAGUAUUAAAGAACGGCUCAUGGUUCACAUCUUGCUUUAACUUUUGUUUUUAAUUUAUUUUGCUUUGAAACAUAGGAGUUUUAUAAAGAGGAUAAAUCUGGUGAAUAUCGUAAUUAAUGUAGAUUAUCUGAACAUUUAGUAGUCAGUACAUCUGUAAAUGUAAAACUUUUAUACAUUUGAACAAUUUUCCAGAAAUACUGAGGACCUUUAAGAUGGCUGAGUAUAAAGACGAGUGUUUACUGCAUUACUGAUGAGAUUCCACUGUUUAACCUGAAAUUAAUCUCCAGGCAAUAAAUAUUCAGUUUCAUUAGAAAUGUAUUUUGAUGACUGAUGAAGUGUCGAGGUUUUCUUUAUCUUAAUGUUUUUACACAAUUUACAUUGUGCCUCCUUAAUAAAUUCCACAAAUGCCAUAUUACACUGUGUGUGUCAUCAUUUUGUUAAAGUCCAUUAUCGAUGUACCUAAUAGUCCUCCCUGAUUAUAUUCAGACAUUUAUGUGAGUGAUGUUCAUGACCGGCUUAGUGGUUAGCACGUUCGCCUCACAUCUCCAGGGCUGGGGGUUGGAUGAUUGGAUGUUUUGAAGCUCUGAACUGAUAAUGAGAUGUAAAGUCUCAGUAAAAAAGGCUGUAUGUAGUCUACAAAUAGUCGUGAUGGGAAAUGACGCAGCACUACAUCAGCACUUUCAGCUGCACUGAACUUGUUAAAGUGUUUAAAGAACUGAGGAGGGAGAUUAAAUCCAGAUUCAGUGAUGUGAUGUCAUACAAGGAGAUUUUCAUCUUCACUGAUAAACCCUGUUAUGACACUGACAUCACGGGAAAGUGUAAUAGUUGAACUACAAGUAUUUUUUAAACAACGGAGGAAAUAAGUAUUGAACACGUCAACAUUUCUUUCAGUAAAUAUAUUUCCAAUGAUGCUAUUCACAUAAGUUUUUAACCAGAUGUUGGUAUUAAAUCACAAAAUCCACACACAAAGAAAUCCAAACGUUAAAUUGCAUAAAUAAAGUUACGUGUAACAAAGUGGAAUACACUGGCCCAUCUCGCUAGUGGGAUGAGUUCCUGAGUGCCACUAGAUCCAGUGGACUAAGUAAUGUAUCACAGUUGGUUGGACUAUUAAUAAAGGUGUUCGGGAGACCUGAAUUCAACCCCGACUUAACAUUUUUUGAGGAGGACCAGCCUGUCGGACAAACCUGUUCUGCCUUCAGCAGCUAAUAUGAAGAGGCUUACAGGUAGGCCUCCACAGCCCAGCUUCAGUGACAGGACAGCCGGCACAGCCCAGCUCCAGCCCGAGGCCGACAGGGCGGCCUACAGAGCCCAGCUCCAGCCCGAGGUCGAUGUGGCUACCUCACCUCCAGACCACCAGCUGAGACCCACGAGGUGGUCUCCCCUGCAGAGCAUCAGACGGAGGUCAAUGUGGCGACCUGAUCUCCAGAGCUCCAGCUUGAGAAACAGGAGGUGGUUGUCCCUGCAGAGCACCAGCUAGAAGUCAACUUGGCUACCUCAUCUCCAGAGGUCCAGCCUGAGACCAACGAGAUGGUCUGUCCAAGCAUGAUCUUGCUAGAGGACUACGAGGUAACCUCCAACACCAUGUUCCUGUCUGAGCUCAACAGCAUGGCCUCCCAAGUUCACUUCCUGUUAGAGGUCGAUGGCACAGCUACCAAGUUCUGCUCACGACAG